CCUUAUGCCCCUCGUUUCCCAAAACCCUCAACACCUCCUCCCCUUUUGAUUCCUUCCUUUUUUUUUUUUCUCCGCGCAAGCCCUCUCGGAGUCAUUUUAUCUCUGAAAGCCUCCAAAACCCUUCAUCCCUCUCGGGUUUUGGCUUGGAAUCUGGAUCCGUUCUCUUCGAACUCCUUUCACCGGGGGUGUUUUACUCUCAGGAGUUCAGCAGUAUGGCAUCCCGAAUACCUCGCGAGUGGUUCGGAAUCCAGCAGUUCCCGGCUGUCACACAGAGCAAAUUGCAUGAAUUGCUGGGGAAGCUGAAGGAAGAGAAUGUGAGUACAUUGACGAUUCUGCUGAUGGGUAAGGGCGGUGUUGGGAAGUCGUCCACUCUAAACUCCAUAAUGGGGGAGAGAUUGGCUCCCGUCAGUGCUUUCCAGUCAGAAGGAUUGCGACCAAUAAUGUGCUCACGCAUGCGAGCAGGGUUCACUUUGAACAUCAUUGACACUCCAGGACUUGUGGAAGGUGGAUACGUCAGUGAACAGGCUCUUGAAGUCAUAAAACGGUUUCUUUUGAACAAGACUAUCGAUGUUCUUCUGUAUGUGGACCGGUUAGAUGCUUAUAGGGUGGAUAGUUUGGAUAUACAAGUUAUUAAAGCCAUAACAGACACAUUCGGUAAAAGAAUAUGGCAGAGAACUUUGGUUGUAUUAACUCAUGCUCAGCUGUCACCACCAGAUGGACUGAAUUAUGAUGAUUUCUUUGCCAGACGAUCAGAAGCACUUAUAAAAUGCAUCCGCUUGGGUGCGUGUAUUAAGAAACAAGAGUUCGAGAAAUCUGCCAUUCCUGUGGUCUUGGUCGAGAAUAGUGGGAGAUGCAGAACUAAUGACAAUGGGGAAAAGAUUCUUCCUGAUGGUACUGCAUGGAUUCCAAACUUGGUGGAAGUAAUAACAGUUGUUAUCUCAAAUGGGAGCAAACCAAUUACCGUGGACCAGAAGUUGAUUGAGGGCCCCAACGCAGAUGAGAGAGGAAAGUUCUUCAUACCUCUCAUCUUGGCUUUCCAGGUCAUAUUUUUUGUGGUGAAAGUGAUACAAAAAGCCAUAAAGCAGGACAUUGCAAAAGAAAGCAAACCUCUUUGGGAGCUACGUGACAUGGGCGUGGCAAACCGGAAAUUUUAGAAGAUUUAAAUUUUUGUUAUGCUCGUUUUUUCCUUUACCUUUGUUGGCUUUGCAUCAGAUCUUUUCUUCUCUCCUCUUCUUCUUUUUUUUUUUUUGUUUUGUUACUGUUCUGUUCUCUCAACUUGAUGUCCCAUUAACUGGGUUUAUAGGAGUAGCUAAGUUGAGCGGCAGGUGAAGAUUUUCUUGUUGAGGAUAAUUCUAAUACUACAAUUGUUGGAACCUUCCAUUUCUAAGCGCAUUUGUAUACUCUCUUUUUAACUCAUCGAAGAAAAGAGAGAGAAUAAACUGCCAGUCUUUUGGAAGAAAUGAGAAAAACCUUGUCUUGUGCUUCGGGAA